AUGGCCACCUCAGCGAACCGUACCGUCCUCGCCGAACGACCGACCACAGCUCCCACAAAAGCCCGCGGCCCGACAGCACCCAUCGACGCAGAUGCAGCAGAAGUCAAGAGACGGGCGCUCGUAGCCCAGAAGCAAUAUGGAAGAGGCGACAAGAUUUCGACCCGUGGUGUACAAGAUCGAAAGUUGCGCGGCAAUCUGAGAGCUCUGGAGAACAAGUACAAGGAUGCCGCCGUUCAGGCGAAAGACGCCGAGAUUCUGCUGGAAAACACGUCUGGCUUUCUGGAGACCGAAGGCGAGCUGGAGAGAACAUACAAAGUGAGACAGGAUGAGAUCCAGAGUGAAGUUGGCAUCGAGACGGCCAAGAAGGGCUUUGAGUUGAGACUGGACGGUAUGGGCCCUUACAAUGUCGACUACACGCGCAACGGUGUGCACAUGCUCCUUGCAGGUCGCAAGGGCCAUGUCGCAACCAUGGACUGGAGAAAGGGAAAGCUGGGCUGUGAGUUGCAUCUGGGAGAAACAGUCCGCGACGCAAAGUGGCUGCACAACAACCAGUUCUUCGCCGUCGCACAGAAGAAAUACGUCUACGUCUACGACCACCAGGGUGUUGAAAUUUCAAUGCUACAAGACCACAUCGACGUCACACACAUGGAGUUCCUGCCCUUCCACUUCCUCCUCACAACCAUCGGAAAUGCUGGCUGGCUGAAAUACCAAGACACCAGUACCGGCAAACUCGUCGCUCAGAUCCCCACAAAGCAAGGCUCUCCUACCGCCUUCGGUCAAAAUCCUCAAAAUGCCAUCCUUCACGUCGGUCACCAGAAUGGAACUGUCAGCAUGUGGUCACCAAACGAUCAGAAGCCUCUUGUCAAGGUUCUCGCACACAGAGGCCCCGUAAGAUCAUUGGCUAUGGAUAGAGAAGGCAGAUACAUGGUUUCGACAGGCCAGGAUUCAAAAAUGUCAGUCUGGGAUGUCCGCAUGUUCAAGGAGGUCAACAACUACUUCCUCCGCUCACCCGGCACCUCCGUCUCAAUCUCCGACACAAACCUCACCGCCGUUGGCUGGGGCACACAAACAACAGUCUGGAGAGACCUCUUUAACAAGAAUGUCAACGACCAAGUCAAAGUACAAAGCCCCUACAUGGCAUGGGGAGGCGAAGGCAACCGCAUCGAACGCGUAAGAUGGUGCCCCUACGAAGAUAUCCUCGGCAUCGGUCACGACAAGGGCUUCUCCAGCGUCAUCGUCCCCGGAGCCGGAGAAGCCAACCCCGACUCCCUGGAAGUUCUGCUCUACGAGAACCCCAAGCAACGCCAAGAACGCGAAGUCAAGGCUCUCCUCAACAAGCUGCAACCGGAGAUGAUUUCCCUCGAUCCAGAGUUCAUCGGUCAACUGGAUCGUGCAUCGCAUGCUCAACGCCAGCAAGAAAGGGAUUUGGACAAGAAGCCUGAGGAUCCGCUUGCCAAGAUCAAGAACAGAGGUAGAGGCAAGAACAGUAGUUUGAGGAAGUACUUGCGUAAGCAGGGCUCCAAGAACAUUAUCGACGAGAGAAAGGUCAGAAUACAAGAGCUCAGGAAGGAGCAAGCCAAGAGAAACAACAAGUCUCGACAAGGUGAGGUUGAGUUGGGUCCUGCACUUGCGAGAUUCGCUAGGAAAUAG